AUGGCGCCAACGACGUGUUUCAACUGCAAAGAGGCGCGAGCCGUCAUCAUCCGACCAAAGAACAGACACAAGCUCUGCCGUGCCUGUUUCAUCUCAGUCUUCGAAACCGAAGUCCACGAAACAAUCAUCGGCACCAACCUCUUCUUCCGCGGCGAGCGAGUCGCAAUCGGAGCCAGCGGCGGCAAAGACAGCACCGUACUAGCGGCCGUACUGAAAACCCUCAACGAGCGAUAUGACUACGGAUUGGAUCUAUGCUUGCUGUCCAUCGACGAGGGCAUCCGCGGCUAUCGCGAUGAUAGUCUCGAGACCGUGAAGCGCAACGCCGUGCAGUAUGAGAUGCCCCUCGAGAUCCUGGGAUAUAGCGAGCUUUACGGCUGGACGAUGGAUCAGGUGGUGGAACAAGUUGGCAAGAAGGGCAACUGCACCUACUGUGGUGUGUUCCGGCGGCAGGCGCUCGAUCGAGGCGCUGCCCGCUUGGGAAUUCACCACGUUGUCACGGGCCACAAUGCAGACGAUGUCGCUGAGACUGUCAUGAUGAAUCUGCUGCGUGGUGAUUUGCCUCGUCUGUCGCGUGGUACUAGUAUCGUGACUAGCUCGGACGCGUCUGAUAUCAAGCGCAGCAAGCCUUUGAAGUACGCAUACGAGAAGGAAAUCGUUCUCUACGCCCACCACCGCCAGCUUGACUACUUCACGACUGAAUGUAUCUACUCGCCCGAGGCAUUCCGCGGCAGUGCUCGUACCCUAAUCAAGGAUCUGGAGAAGAUCCGCCCCAGUUCGAUCCUCGAUAUUGUCAAGAGUGGCGAGGACAUGGCGGCGCUUGUGCCUGAUGAAGUGCGGGGUGUUGGUAAAUCGAAGUCUGGCGCGGAGGAGGAAUCAACUGGUGGCUGUGGCAGUGGAAAUGGCCGAACCAGUGGAGGAGAGAUGGCCGCGAUGGAGAAGCAGAUCGCCGAGAACGACGCGGCUUCGUCGCGCGAGACCGAAAUCAAACUCCCGAAGGUUGUGCGCGCGAACCGCGGCCCUGGAAAGGCAGUUAAGGCGCAGACUCUCAAACACUGCGAGCGCUGCAACUAUAUCUCCAGUCAGCGGAUCUGCAAAGCAUGUACACUUUUGGACGGUCUGAACCGCAAUCGACCCAAGACCGCGAUUGAAGUUGGGGUUGGCAUGGAGGAUGAGGAGAGCAGUUCGACUUUGAUGAGACAGAUGGAGCGUGCUCAACUCAGUGCUACCUGA